UAGGAUCCAAGGUAGAUCUACAUGUAGCUUUGCACAGUAGGAGAAGCGGCUAAACAUCUGAAAUCGACCGUACAUUUUCACAAUAAAGAAACUGUCUUUCAUCACUAAGAUGACCACCCCAAAGGCAUUUGACAACACAGCAUAUGAAAAUUCUUCUGAAGACGACAAUUUUCCAGAUAAACCUGCAGAUAUCAUUCAAGAGCCGGAAAUUCAGCGAGAGAUCGAGGAAGCAAAAAGUUCAGAGCCAACAUGCAUCUUCAAGUUAUUAGCACUAACAGGCUCCACAUUGGCAUUCAUCCUAAUAGGAGGCAUCUUCUUCAAUAGUGGCGUCCUAUACGUGACAUUUUUGGAACAUUUCGGAGCUGACAGAGGAGUCACCGCUUGGGCUGGAUCUGUUCAGUUAGCGAUGGUGUUUGGAGCAGGACCUGCUGCCGCAGCAUUGGCCAAUCGCUUCAAUUGCUAUGUGGCGGUCAUUUCAGGGGGACUGCUUGCUACACUCGGGCUCAUCAUCAGCUCAUUUGCUACCGAUAUAUAUUUCCUUAUUAGUAGCUACGGGUUCAUGACAGGUAUUGGUCUGGGACUGGUUUAUGCCCCAGCUGUUAUGCUGAUGGGCAAAGUAUUCACUACAAGAAGGGGACUAGCAGUAGGAAUUGUGGUCUCGGGUAUGAGUAGCGGCUGGUUGUCCUAUCCCUUCAUCAUGAGAAGUCUGUUAGAUAAUUGCGGUUGGCAAAUAUGCUUACGUGUUCUGGCAGCCAUGACUUUUGUUAUCUGCAUCUGUGGUGUGUGCAUGAUACCGGCCGAAAGAAAAACAUCCAACACUACCAAACGCGGUCUGGACAUUAAAAUUAUUCGAAAUCCCAACCUCCUCCUCUUAUGUCUUGCCAUGAUGGCAUACUUAUUUGGACUGUCGGUUGUGUCUGUUCAUGUCCCAGCUUUUGGAGAAACGUUGGGGUUUUCUGUUCAACAGGGGUCGAUGUUAGCCACAAUUAUGGGAGCAACGUCCCUUUUGGGACGCAUCUUUUUCGGCGCCAUUGCAGACGUGAAGAAGUGUGACAUUUUGGUGGCGAAUGCAAUAGCAGUUACGUGUACAGGGAUUCCUGUAAUGCUGUAUAUAACGUCUAAUUCUUAUGCGAUGUUGGCAUCUUUUGUUGGGACCUAUGGGUUUUUCAGUGCAUCUUUUCCGACGUACGUGCCUCUCUUGGUAUUAGAGUUUGUUGGCAUUGACAAGAUGGUGUCUGGAAAAGGAAUUGCCAUGUUU